CUCCGGCUUCUCCCCUCGCUUGACGAUGAUGAUGGAUUUUCAGAAACAUCAUCCGCAUCCGCCCUACCACCCACAUCCAUCGUUGCUGAGCGUCGCCGCCCACGAUCCCCGUGUCGCGCCCCCAGCGCCGCCGGCUCGCGCCUACGGGCCUCCGCACCCGGCCUCACCGCGAGGGUUCUACGAUCCCUUCCCUCGCCGCGAGCCCGAGAUGCCCAGGUCCGGGGUCGCGCCAGCCUACAGCUAUCCGACCCCCUCGUCAGCCCCUGCCUCCGUUCCCUCCGCCUCGUACGCCCACGAGAGCGCCUAUGCGGGCUUUCGGACAGAUGGUAACGGGUAUCACAUAUCACCGGCGAACCAUGGUUCGCUGAAGGAGCAAAAUCCUCCGGGAGGGAAUCUGGACUCUGAUAACCGUCAUGACCCAAAUUAUAAUCCCAACUAUCUCGCCCGGCGAGAUCGCCGGGUGGUGUAUCGCGAAGGUAGGCGACUUGCAUUUUUCUUUUGAUAUCGCCCCGUUUCCUUAACUUAAUUUCCGGGGCUGCCCCUAUCUUGUUCUUGUUUCCCUGUGAUUUCUAUCUACGUUC